AUGUCAUCUACAAAAGUUGCUGCUAUGAAUGAUAUAGUGAAUGUCAAUAAUAUUAAGUCUUCAAAGUUGUUUAAAAAAUUUUUAGAAACAGAAUAAAGCGAAGAUAACACUUAUUUACGCUCAGGAGAAAAUACAAAUAGAGGAUUUUAAGAGAGUCCUUUUAAAAAGUAGCCAGAGUUCCCUGAAAAAGACUUAGAAAAUAUUUUAAGAACUAGUCAGAUUCGAAACGGAUAGUCUAGGAAUUCUUUCAACCCUUACUAUGAUAAUAAUUUGAAUAUUAGUUAGACUUCAGAGUAGUCUAACAUCAACACUUAGAGUGCUUUCUUAUAGUUACAGCACUCUUAUUUUCAGCCUCCUACACCAUAGUAUUUAGCAUCUAAUGAUUUAACUUAGUCUCCAAAUUUAUCUCAGCAGCUUCUUGAUAACCAUAAAAAGCAAAGUAUGUCACCUGAAAGAUUUUAUUUUAACCCACCAGCUGUGCCUUUGAAUAAUAAUUAAACUAUUAUUGAAGAUGAUUAAGAAAUGCAAUAACACAGCGAAACUUCCUAAAAUUAGUUAUAGUCAAAUAACAAUAUAUCAAGAUAGCCAUCAUAUGCAAAGCAUCCAUUUAAUAAGAUAAAUAGUUCUUUAAAACAAACUCCCUAACAAUAAAACUACUAUGAUUAAAGUCCUCCCGUAUAAUUUGUAUAAUCUUGUGAGUAUAUUCCUCCAAUGGCAUAAAACUAAAACUACAACGAUUAAGUUGAUAAUCAAAGGUAUUUGUAAUACUCUAACUAGAGAGGAUUUCAGCCUAAUUAAAGUAGUCAAAAGAAAUCUCUGAGUUAAAGCAAGAAUCAGGGAAAUCAACACAAUAACUAAUAUGCUUAAGUCUAAUAUCCAAACGAUGAAAUUCAAUAUCCUAUGCGCAGAGAAGACUUAAAUGAUAACAGUCGCUAAGCUGCUGAAUAAUAAUAGAUGGAUUAUGAUCCUGACUAAGAGGGAGUUUCAAGGAAAAGAAUUGAAAACGUUAAAAACACUUCACACAAUUACUAAAAUGUAGAUUAUUUUGAUGAUACCUCCUCGAAUCACAACCGCAAUACAGAAAAAAAGAAUUUAAACAAUAACAAUAAUAAUCUAUUUAAAAAUAGUAAGACUAAUUUAAUGAAUAUGAGUCAUGAAACUAAAAACUUUGAGAAAGACUUAAAGCAAUUCCAGCACCAAAUAUAACUUCAAGAAGAGCAAAUUUUCCAAAUUCAAAUUAAUCUAGAAAAAGAGUAACUCAAAAAUCGUACACUCGAAGAAACUAUCGCAGAACUCAGACGCAAAAUUGAUUCAUUAGAGAUAGAGAAGACUGAAAUUAGGUCUAAAUUGCUUUUAGAAACUGAAAAAAAUGUAAGAGAGUUGCAACAAUAAACUUCUUAAUCAAAUAAUUUAAAAUCUAAAGUCACAGAACUAGAAAAAAGGGAAGAAUAGUUAAGAGCAGAUAUUGAUAAAGCAAAGCAAGCAUUGUACAAAGAAGAAUCUAACAAACACAAACUAGAAGAUGAAAUUAGAGAUUACAAAAACAAAAUAAGUGAGUUGACAGAAACUUCACAAGAGUAUUAAAGAAGACAAGAAAGAAGAGAUGAUGAAAUCAUUCAAUUGAAGCUUUAAAACGAGUAGUUAAAAGCUAAAAUGGCCUCUAUUCACUUAAAUAAUGAAAGAAAUACUGAAAGACUUACUGAAACACAAAGGUAACAAUUUAGAGAUGUUGAAGAAAGGGAAGAAAAUCUAAGAAAAAUUUCAGAAAUGCAAUAAAAGAUUUAAAAUUACUUAAUAGAAAGUGAAAGACUUAAAAAUGAAAAUUAUAACCUGAACAGAUAGCUGCAUGAUAGCAAUUUUAGAAAUGAAAUCCUGCAAAAUGAUCUCUUUAAUUAGAAAUAAAUGCUUUUAGAGAAAAACCAAAAAGAAAAUAUCUUAUAAGUCAAUAUUGAUAAAGCUAACCUUGAAAUUCACUAGCUCCGAAACCUACUUUCCAGAACAGAGCUUGAGCUUAGAGAUGUUAAAGAACAUAACAAUCACUUGAUCAGAAAUUUAACAGAUAUUGCUAGCUAAAAGGCCUUAUCUGAUGCUAAUACAGAAUAAGGGUAAUACUCUAAAGCUUAUUUCGUUCCCAGUGCGUCCUUUGUUCCAAACCCUUCUAGUGAAUAACCAAAUUUAACUAGCAAUACAAUACCAUCUUAUAAAAUGAGAGGUGGUCUAGACCCAUAAACUCCUCCUAAAAGUAGAUCACUAGUAAACCUACAAAAAGCAGAAGAUACAACUUAAAAGCUACAAGUACAAACAUACAAAAGAGGGAGAAUGGCUAAUGAAUUAGAGCAGUUUGAAGAAGAAAAAACUACAUCACCAGGACGUUUAAGAUUCAAACCUAAAGAUCAUAAUAUAUUUGGUACAGAUGAUAAUAGUAGGUUCCAAACUCGUCAUAAUUAAGACUAUUCAUGGAGUCCAGCUAAGAAAGUAGAAAUGUAAAAACCUAGAGACCACAAUAUAUUUGGCUAACCAGCUGAUGAUACUUAUUAAAGAAACCCAACAAAAAUAGGCCAUUCUAGCUUGUCUCCUCAAAGAACAAACAGAAAUCCUUGGGAUGACAUGCCACCUGCUGGAAUGCGCAAGAGAUCACCAAGAAAUAAUCCUAUAUUGGGUAAUACAAAUGGCUUUGAUAAUAUUGUUGAAUCAGGUGUCAAAUACUAAGCAGAAAAAUCAGAUGUUGCAACCAUAGAAGAAAAUCUUAUGCUUAUGAAUUAAGAUAGAGGAUUACUUGAAGCUGAAUUAAGAAAAGUCGAGGAUCUAAAGAGAAAAUCAGGAGCUGAUUUAAGAAGAAAAGCUGAAAUAAAUAAAGAACUUUAAUAAUUAGAAUAGGCAAUACAAUAGCAUAAACUGUAAUUAAGAUAGUUGGGAGUUAUUUGA